GACCCCGGUCCGCUCCUGUGCCUGAAUUCUACAACACGCCCUGCUGCCUGUUCUAUGUAAACCAGAUGCCAUUUAGCUUACGAGCUGAUGCGAAGCUGAUACUUUGUCACGACUGACCAUUUAAGCUGCACUUACACAACAAGCCUUGCAGUGCACAGAUUGAACACCUUGACGACCGCAAUCAUCAUGGCGAAGAAAAUGUUUACUGUUCUCGAGAACAACCCCGAGGUGAUCAAUCACUUAGCCAAAGCUCUCGGAAUGGAUGACAGUCUCUCAUUCUACGACGUUUACUCUCUCACUGACUCAGACCUGCUCGCCUUUAUACCACGUCCCGCAUAUGCCUUACUCGUCAUAAUCCCACUUACGCCAACUUGGCAUGAAGCUCGAACCACGGAAGACAAGGACAAGGCUGAAUACGAGGGAAAGGGCGACAGUGAACCGGUCAUCUGGUUCAAGCAAACGAUUGGCAACGCUUGUGGUUCGAUUGGGCUGGUGCACAGCUUGUUGAAUAGCGCUGCCUCGAAGCACAUCACACCGGGAUCUACGCUUGACCAGAUCAGGCAGGAAGCGCUACCGAAGGCUAUGAUGGAGCGAGCGAAGGUACUGGAGGACUCGGAUGCAUUCGAGAAAGCUCACGCAGAGGCUGCACAGCUAGGAGACACGGCUGCGCCUGCUUCUGAUGAGGAAUACGACAAAGGCCAGCACUUCGUCUCGUUUGUCAAGGCAAAAGACGGGCAUUUCUGGGAGCUUGAGGGCGGUCGGAUGGGGCCACUUGACCGUGGCGCAUUGAAGGAUGAUGAGGAUGUGCUCAGCCCUGCAGCGUUAGAAAAGGGUCUUGGGAGGCUGAUGAUAAUCGAGGCUGAGAAGGGCGGGGACUUGAGGUUCUCAGCUAUCGUACUCGCCCCAAAGCUAGACUGAGUAUCGACACUGGCAAUCUUGGGGCCUCGUUCUGCGCGUUCCGUGUUGAUCGCGUUUAGGUUGGCUUGUGUUUUUGACAGAUCGAGCAGCGGGGAGAUUAUCUGUGUUUAGUGAGACAGAAGAGAAAUGGGGUCAGACUUUGUGCAAAGGUAACGUGAAGUGCAAGAAUUGCCUACCAGGUAGCAACGCGAGCCUGGAUCUUCUGAUGUAUUGACCAAUUGAAGCCGUGACUCGG